AUGGCCAACACCGCUUACGUCGAUCUGCAUGUCUUGCAUAACGGUCAUUGUCUGACUGUGAACUGCGUCGCGUUCUCUUCUGACGGCCAAUAUCUGGCGAGUGGCAGCGACGACAGGUGCCUUCUCAUAUGGAAUGUCAAAGACGGAGCUCUCCUCUACCGCCUACACUUCAAAAGUGCAGUCGAUAGUGUGAUAUGGCACCCGGUACAUCCAGAGACUGUCGUUGUAGGUUGCGAGGACGGGAGCAUUCACCAGAUGCGUGGUUUCUCAAUCGAUGGUCACGAAAAGUUUGACGUGAGGCUUGGUGUUAAGGGCCCAGUGCACUUUCUACAAUACAAUGCCGACGUUAGCUGCCUCGCGGCGGCUGUCGGCCCAGAGGUACAUGUUACUAAGGAGCAGGACAAAGAUACGUAUACCGGAGGCUUGAAAUUAGCUUCACCACCACCGUUAGCCGCUGCCGCUUCUACGAGUCGCGACGACGUCGAACAGCGUGAUACGCGCCUGCGGGUCACAGGGAUCCACUUUAGCAGGAAGGGUCGUGUCAUCAUAGCGUCGUACGUCGCACAUGGCAUCAUAGCGUACGACCUGGUCAAGCGCGAGCAACUCUGGCACAUCGCUCCGACCGAAGAUGCACCGAUGAUUGCUUCGUCUGCGCUGUCUCCGGAUUGCAAACAACUUAUGGCCUACCAUCUCCAGAAGGGCUUGCGCUGCUAUGCCGUCGCCACAUAUUUCGCCAAGCCCAGCCGGUGCAAGUACGAGUUCGAUGAGCCGCAAACAAGUCGUCUCUCGUUGCAGAUGUCGUUUCUUCACGGGGGCAAAGCUGUUGUUUGUGGAACUACUACAGGCAAGGUCUGUAUAUGGGACAUUGAGACGGGAGAGCUUUACCAGAAACUGCCGCAUGAUAGUGAGUCCGCAGAUACUGCACAACAGGCGCAUCAAACAGGUGCCUUCAGUUAUAUCGCAACGGGAUCCUCCGGAACGGGACAGCAUACAUAUAUCAAGAUAUGGCGCGCAAGGAACAGUAAGCUCAGGCUCGGGACAGUUAGUUGUGUCGUCGGCUGA